AUGGCCACCAGCGCGCCGCAUCCAGCGGUGCGCUGCUCGCAAGCUUGGGCUGCGUGCGCCGAGCCUGGAGCCCCGGAGCAGCAGGACGUGUCAUGGUCGCAGCUGCCAGACGCAGUGUUAGAGGUUAUUGGUGGCUCGUUUCGCGACCCCCGGGAGCUGGAGGGGGCCAGCCUGGUGUGUAAGGGCUGGCGCAACGGCUUUGCGUCGGGCAUGCCGGGGAUCGAGCUGACUGUGCAUCGGGACGCGGAGCAGUGGCGCAACCGCGUCGCGCGGCUGCGGCAGCUGCUGCCCGGCCUGCGGCGCUGCAAGGCACACGUGGGCGCGGGCGUGUCGGCGGCGCUGCCUGGCGCCAUAUCCGCCCUGGCCCAGGAGCUGCAGUCUAUGGAGCAUCUUGAGCUGCACCUGGGGGAGGGCUGCCAGAUCACGCUGGAGACAGGCCUGGAGUUUUCAAACCUCAGGUGCCUGCGCAGCCUGACCCUCCGCGGCGGCACGUUUGCCCCCGCCGACAUGGCUCUGCUGCUGCGCGGCCUGGCUGUUGCCUGCCCCGCCCUGGAGGAGCUGCGGGUGCUGCCGGAGGCGCUGUGUGGCCUGGGGGAUGACGAGAUGCCGCUGCUGGCGGCAAUGAAGGGGCUCAGGGUCAUCGAGUUCCAGGCGUAUCGCCUCACGGGCGCGGGGCUGCUGAAGCUCACAUCCCUGCCACAGCUGGAGUGGCGCGUGGGCGCCCACUGCUGCAUGCGGUACGAUGCGCGCGCUCAUGGCAUCCACCCGCGCGCCGCUGGCCCCUGGGCUGGGCAGUCCCUGUCCGUGCAGGGCAUGGACUGCCUGAGCGGCCUCGAUGCCCCCUGCUUCAAGCUCUGCCCGUCCCUCAAGCACCUGUCCCUCGGCUGCGACUACGUGCCGCCGCCCGACGUGGUGGCGCGGCUGCGGGAGAUUGAGGGCCUCACCAUGGCCUUCAGGUCAACUGACAAGGUGGCAGGCCUGCUGCGCACGCUGUCGAUGCACCUGACUUCGUCGCUGGUCAAGCUGGACAUGGGGGUGGUGCGCAUCAUGCGCGAGGAGGCGCUGGAGGGCAUCACACAGCUCAACAGGCUGACAGACCUGCGGCUGGCUGUCACGGGCAACAGCGAUGAGCCAGUGACGCUGCGGCUGGACCAGCUGGCGCCACUCAGCAACCUGCAGGUGCUGCACGUUUGCAAGGGCACCGCCUACUUCCCUGACCGCCGCCGCAUGGGCGAGGCGUCCGUGCGCAUACCCGUCGACGCCGCGUCGACCGAGGCGCUUGCGGCGGCGUGCGGGCAGCUGCGGUCGCUGCGGCUGUCGCUGGGCGCUGGGGACGUGCUGCCAGAGGGCCUCGCGCGCCUCAGCAUGUUCUCGCAGCUUGACUGCCUGUCGGUGCACGCGGAGUCGUUCAGCGCCCCCGCGCCGGCCGUGCCCCUGUCGCUGGCGCACCUGCCCGCCCGCCUGACCAGCCUGGAGCUGCGGCACGUCGAGCUGUGCGGGGACCCGCAGGUUUGCCAGCAAGUGCCGCCAGGGUCGCGUCAGGGACCGGUGUUUGCUGCAUGA